CCAGCCCUCCACCUCCUUUCACAGUCCAACCCUCCCCGAAAACCAUGGCCAAUCUCCUUCUCACCACCCUUCUCCUCUCUCUCCUAACCCUCUCCCUCAUGCUCCCCGCCCACUCCUGCCCCACCUGCCCCAACUCAUCUCCACCUCCCCCCAAACCCAAACCCAAACCCAAACCCAAACCCAAACCCAAACCCAAACCCACGCCCACUGUUCCCUGCCCUCCCCCGCCUUACAAACCCUAUCAUCCCCCGCCCUCCAACCAAUGCCCCAUCGACGUCCUCAAACUAGACGCCUGCGUCGACGUGCUCGGCGACUUGGUGCACGUCCUGCUCGGCAACAGCGCCACCACGACUUGCUGCCCAGUUAUUAAGGGACUCGCCGAUCUCGACGCCGGUCUCUGCCUUUGCACUGCCAUCAAAGCCAAGCUUCUCAAUAUAGAUGUGUUUCUUCCCAUUGCUUUAGAGGUACUUAUCGACUGUGGCAAACGCCUGCCGUCCGAUUAUACGUGCCCGGCCUGAUUUCAAAAUUAUUAGGUCCGGUUUCUUUGUUAUCCUAUUUUUUUUUUAAGUUUUGUUUGUACUUGUGGUCUCUGUGUUGUGAGCCAGUGUAAUUUGUAAGUUUGGUAGUUACUUUGUUGCUUCUGUUGUUUUCAUUAGAAAGCUUAGAAGCUGUAAUAUUUCCUUGUCUGGGAAAUAAAAUAAAAUUUUAACAUAUGUAAUUCCUAAGAUGUGUUGAUGAAUUUUCUUAUUA